AUGGAUAUGUAUCAAGAUCAUGUUGAUAUGGCGACUGUUUAUAUUGAAGAAGCUCAUGCAGCUGAUGAAUGGCCAAUAGGUAGUCGAAUAUGUUAUGUUCAACCAAAAACAGAUGCUGAUCGAAUUGCUAUUGCAAAUGAUUUUAUCCAAACAACAGGAUAUCGUCUACCAUUAUUGAUCGAUCCAAUAUCUCGAAAUAAUCCAUUUAAUCAAGUGUAUAGUUCAUGGCCGAUACGAUUUUAUGUCAUAGAUGGAACGAAGAAGUUCAGUUACAUAGCUUACCCAAUAGAAGGUUCAUUUCCAUUAGAAUUGAUUAAAAAUGCACUCGAUCAAGCUUUUCAACAAUGUCAAUAA